UCUGGCUCUGCAUUAUUCGCACAACAUGGGGCGAAGAAAAUGCAAAGCGGAAGUUACAUAAGUACUUCCGGGUGCCGAAGCGUUUGCUGGUUUGCGCAUGCGUAUCCACAUCUUUCCAAAGCACGAUGGCGACGGCGGCCGCGGUAAUUUCUACCCCAACGCCAGCAGCGACUUCUCUUCUUUCUUUGGACCCGGAGCGGCAGAAAGAGUUUCAGGCGAAGGUGCAGCGAGUUAAGAAGACAGCCGCCCAAAAGAAUGAGACGCUGACGCCUGGCGUCAUUUACCUGGGCCAUAUCCCUCGGGGCCUUUAUGAACCGCAGCUCAAAGCAUAUUUCGAUCAGUUUGGAACGGUCACACGGCUUCGGCUUUCAAGGAGUAAAAAGACCGGAAACAGCAAAGGCUAUGGAUUUGUGGAAUUCGAAUGUGACGAAGUUGCUAAGAUAGUCGCUGAUACCAUGAACAACUACCUUUUUUGCGAACGACUCCUGAAGUGCGAGUUUGUACCACCCGAGAAAGUGCACGAAAACCUCUUCAAUGGCAGCGAGCGAAAAUUCCGUAAGCCAUCACGCCCAGCGGUAAAACGUUACAAUCGGCAGCGAUCAAUCGCAGACGAAGCAAAGAUGACACGGCGCUUGCUGAAGAAAGAAAGGCAAUUGCGGAGAAAAUUGGCUGCGAAAGGAAUAGAUUAUGAUUUUGAUGGGUUUGCAGCUCAAAUAUCUCUAAAGCAAAAGACGCUGAAAAAGAAAAAGACGCCCUCAAAGAAAAAGACACUGAAAAAGAAAAAGAUGCCCUCAAACUCAGACACCAGCAUGGAUAUAACUGACGACAGUGAGCUUCCUACCCCGGUAUGCACGCCAACACUUCUCGAACGCCGAAAAUGUCUAUCAGAAGAAGCUGAAGAGAACGAAAUAAUUUUGAGGUUGCCACCUGCAAGCACAAAGAUGAACGCGACGCGAAAAGCAAAAAGAGCCAAGUCACAGAAGAAAACUGCAGCUCUCGAGGAACAGAAAUGCAAAACCAUAAGCAUUCCUUUACCUCAAGGACCCUGAGUAAAUAAUGGAUGUUUCCAGCAGUUUUGACUUGGACAAUAAAAAAAGAACUCGGUGGGGUUUCAAUAUAAGAUUCCCUGCGUUCUGUUGUCCUGAAUGCAUCCCAUCAAAGUUCCAGUAACCUUUACCUAAGUAGCAACCUUCUUAGUUGCUACUGCUUUGAGACAGUUUUUGGCCUAGGGAAAUGUGCUGUCUCCUUGGAAUUUUCACACAUCGUUAAGGACCGGAAUCAGAAAUGGUGCAACAGAUGUCUACGGAUGAACGCUGGGUGAAUUGGGGAAGGGAUGCUAAGAAACAAGGCCAGAUCUCACAGAUCUGUAGAAUACAAUCCAGGGGGGUUACUCUGUAACUAUAACUUGGAUAUGAAAUAAAUUUCAAAUGAAAGGCGA